AUGCAUGCUCGUAAAUAUAUCGAGAAUUAUGGCAUCUGGUUUGAGAUAAGUAUGGGAUUUUCACAAGGAUGGCUCAGUAUGACUAGGCCUAUGCUCUCAUCUAAUCUAUCAACAACUCCCCAACAACACAUAUUCUUCCUCUUGCCCAAAUUAUCUCGUCUAAUGAUGAUGAUAUUAAUGUAUAUGUUACUUGAGCAAGGUUGUCUUUGUACUGCGGAUCGCAUCACAACCCUGGGUACCAAUAAUCUGAUUGUUUUGAGUUCGAGCCUCACCGCUCGUUUUCCUAAGAAUGUACCUGGACCCAAAUGCAUAAAAUACAACCUGCAAAACGGCUCUGCCAUUGAACAGAAUAUCCUGCGCGAUCUGGGGAAUAAAUCCCGUCUCGAUCUUCCUUCUUCUGGCCUUAACGACCAAACACUUCCCAACUUUCGGGACUUCUUUCUCUUCCUCCUCCUCUUUUCCCUAGAGGAUCUCGCGGGUUUGUAA